GAAGGGAGGUGUGUUUGGGGCGGCUGCAGAGCGGGCGAGGCGAUCCCCUAACGCAAGGGCGGCAUGGCGGGUGCGCAAGGAGCUGCUGUACCAGUGGCGCCCCGCCAGCCCCCGCCGCUGCCCCUUCCAGCAGUUUGACCGCGCGGGGUUCUGCCGCGCUGUGAGGGGGCGCAACGUGGUGGUGGUGGGAGACGCGUUCAGCCUGGACUGGCACGACUCUCUUCUGAACCACCUCGUCACUGCGGGCACUAAGAACAAGGCAGGGCAACUGGGCGAUGCCUGGGCCAACGUCACAGAGGGGGCGUGCUUUGAAAGGGGUCACCGCCUCUGCACCGACGUCCCCCUUAUUCCCCCUUCCACCCCCACCACCACUGCUGUUGCUGCUGCUGCUGAUGAUGACUCCUCAACACUUGGUGACCCUGACUCUGAUCCUGCCACUGCUAGUGCUGCUAAUGCUGGUCGCUUCACCGCUGGUGGUUCGGCUGCUGGUGGCGGUGGUGGCAGUGGCGGUGGUGCUGGUGGCAGUGGACUUGGAAUAGGCGGUGCUGGUCGUCGUUCUCGCUUCGGGGCUGCUGCUGCUGAUGCAGCUGCGGACGACACAGGGGGAGAGGACCGGCAGGACAGGGGCGAGGAGGAGGGUGCAAGGGGGGGGCAGGAAAGUAAGGAGUUGGGUGUGGUGGGUGGACUGAGAAGUGGGUUUCAGAGGAAGGGCUGGGGACGAGGCAGAGGGCUGGCUGGGAGAGUGAGGGCUGGCGAUUGGGAGGGGGACGAGAGGAGUGGGGAGGCUGCUGGGCUGGGAAGCAGAGAACGGAGUGAGAGUGGUGAGGGCGAAGGGGAGUCGACAGGAUUCACGAGAGUGGAAGAGGAGGAAGGGUUGGGAGCAGGAGGCGGGAGUGGGGAAGCAGGGAGGACUGGGAGGAAGAGGAGGGCAGUCGGGAGGCAGGGGGGUGGAGGGGAUGUGCUGAACCAGGGGGUGAGUGAGCCAUUGAGCAACAAGGAGGGCGGCACUGGUGGUGUGGUGCUGAGGAGGAGGAGGAUGGCGGGGUUCAAUCUGCGGGUGGUACUGAACGCUUUUGCAGCGCCGGACACGGGGCGACCCACGCGGCUCAACAACCGCUGGCUCAAGCGCCUCAAGAAGUGGAAAACCAGCAUCCUCGUGCUCUCCCGCACCCCGGCCUUUGGCGACAAGGAGCUGAUGCUGCAGGAGGUGAGGGAUACAUUAGAAGCUGUGAGGGACCUGUAUCCGGACAUGCUCGUCAUCUGGCGCAGCGCCGUGGGCGGCCAUCCCAGCUGCCAGCACUUCACUCGCCCGCUCAGGACCCGGCCCGUCCUGCUGGCAGCCAAGGGGAAGAUUCCCGACGUGUGGCUCCGGCACGCCGAGAUGAACGCCGCUAUCAGACCGCUGCUCAAGGAGUACGGGGCAGUGUACAUGGACGUGGACUCGGCCACCUCCCUUCGCCCCGACGGCCACCACGAGCGCAUGGACGGCAGCAUCAACUGCCACCACUACUGCAUGCCCGGCCCCCUUUCUGUUGGUGGUGGUGCUGCUGCUGCUGGUGGUGGUGGUAGUGUGUACAUGGACGUGGACUCAGCCACUUCCCUUCGCCCCGACGGCCACCACGAGCGCAUGGACGGCAGCAUCAACUGCCACCACUACUGCAUGCCCGGCCCGCUCGACCACUGGGUGUCGCUCUUCCACAACCUGCUGCUGCUGCUCGACCUACACUCCCCCCAGACCGCCCUCCCUGCUUCCGCUGCUGCUGCUGCUUGCUCUAACACCCCUCGCUCCCUAUUCCCCCACACCCCCACAACCCAACCCCCCCCAGGAUUCACCCCUCUUACUCCCACGUCACUGCUCUUCACCGCUCUUCCCCCCACUUCACCCCUCUCUCCCACCUUCACCCUGUUCCCUCCCCUUCCUCCACCUAUCCCAGCCUGCACCAACUUCUCGGCGUGCAUCCCAGGGACGCGCAUUCGCGGCGAAGUAGCAGUGGCCGAAGCACAGCAGGAGGUGUCGUGUGUGGCGGAGGACGGCAAGUGGGUGCGCUUCAACACGCCCCGCUGGCUGCCGUGGUCCCGCGACCCGCACACCAACCCACGCGCGCCGCACUACGGCACUUGUGACCUGCUACACGUGAACGAGACCGGGGGCAAGGGCAUGUACGGCUUUGCAGCGGACAAGUUUCGGAAGAAUCCAGGAGACCGGGAGUGGCACGUGCGGGCGGAGCUCAAGUACCAGUGGAAGGCCAACCGCUUCUGCCCGCCGUUCAUGGGGUUCAACCGGCACAAGUUCUGUGCGGCGGUGGGGCAGCGCAACGUGCUGUUUGUGGGGGACACCACUCAGCUGGCGCUGCACGACGUGUUCCUCAACCACGUCACUACCAUCGCCACUCAGAAGGAGAUCGGGGACAUCGCUGACGCCUGGACGGCGCCCAACAACCAGCCGGCGUGUGCAAUCAACAACCCCCACGUGGUGUGCUCCGACAUCGUCCCAGGGGGAUUCACCUUCCGUGUCGCCCACAACAACCUGCUCACGCCCGACUCGCCGGGGGGGGGAGCGUUCAACCAACACCGCCUCUUCCACUUCCCCCUCUGCUCUGCUCCAUUUCUCCCUCUGCUUCCACUUCCCCCUCUGCUCUGCUCCAUUUCUUCCUCUGCUUCCACUUCUCCCUCUGUUUCCAUUUCCCCCUCUGCUUCCACUUCCCCCUCUGCUCUGCUCCAUUUCUUCCUCUGCUUCCACUUCUCCCUCUGUUUCCAUUUCCCCCUCUGCUUCCACUUCUCCCUCUGUUUCCAUUUCCCCCUCUGCUUCCACUUCCCCCUCUGCUCUGCUCCAUUUCUUCCUCUGCUUCCACUUCUCCCUCUGUUUCCAUUUCCCCCUCUGCUUCCACUUCUCCCUCUGUUUCCAUUUCCCCCUCUGCUUCCACUUCCCCCUCUGCUCUGCUCCAUUUCUUCCUCUGCUUCCACUUCUCCCUCUGUUUCCAUUUUCCCCUCUGCUUCCACUUCUCCCUCUGUUUCCAUUUUCCCCUCUGCUUCCACUUCGACCUCUGACCCUACUUUCCAAAUUUCCCGUUUCUUAUCUCACCAUCCCACGUCUCUCGCAACACCCCUGGCAACGGCUACUCCCGCUGGCCGGGUCAUCCUCUCUCCUCAGUUCUCAGAAGCCUUCCCUCCCCCUCUCUCACCCCACGUUCCCCGUUUCCCGUGCGCCCACCCAAGCAGGUCCCACUUCUUUCGAAACGGUCACGGCAACAGCAACUCCCGCUGGUCCCACAACCCGUCAGCCGAUUCACGGCCUUCAACGGCCGGCUCCGACCGAGCGAGUCACCACGACGCAGCACGGCGUUAUGAGAGGGGAUCCGUGGGGCGGUCUGAGGGGGCUCGGUACGAAGGGCGGUAUGGGAGAGGGUAUGGGAGAGGGGACGUUAGAGGGUACGCUCAGAGUGGGUCCGAACGGCCCGCCUCUCCAGGCUCUUCCCCUUCCCCUUCCCCCUCCUCGUCCGCCUCCUCGUCCGCCUCCCCGUUCGCUUCCUCCUCGCCUCCCUUCGCCGAUUUUGCCCAGUCCACCGCACGCUCCCCUUCCUCGCCUGCCACCUCAACUGUUUCGCCAGAUUCGAAUGCUGCCGCUGGGGGGGCUGCUUCUGGAGAGUUUCCGUUCCAGUCGCAUCACACGAUCCUGGACGUUGAUCAGAUUGAUCCGACGGCUGGCGACGCUGCCGCGUGGGGUGGGCUGGACUCGGCUGCAGUGGCAGCGGCUUGGAAGAGGAGCUUUCUGAAGCGGGUGGUUGACACGAUCACCAAUUCCAAGUACUUCAAUCUGCAGACAGCUGGAUGGCUCAUUGCGGGGGCUGCCACGGCGGCAGUGGGCGUGCAGGUCACAGCACACAUCAUCCAGGCCAUCGAGUCCGUUCCUCUGCUUGCAUCUCUGGAAAUCCUUGUUGGCGCUGCUGUCACCACCAACGUCGCCACCACCAUUACUGGAGAGGGAAAAGCGCGCGAGCGCCUGGAGCAACAGUGGGACGAGUUCGUGAAACGAGUCAGCGGCACGUAUGGGCUGUCGGACCCGACGUUUGAUGAGAUGGAGAGCGGUAAAGACCUCGAGGCUCAGAUUCAGGACCUUCUGUCGCAGUGCAGUACGAUUAUAGCCGAUGCAGCAGUGCAGCAGAGCGAGCAGCGGCCUUCACACCUCGGAGGCGACUCAUCAGCAGAAACCCAGCAGCAGAGGGAGACGCAGGCAGCAGAGUUAUUGCGGAAGGCCGCAGAGAGACUUGGUCCAAAGCCUGCAAACAGCACAGGAAAGGAGACAGAGGGGGAGGAGCUGAAAGACGGGGAAGGGAAGCAGGCUACAGAGGCUGAUCCUGAGGUGCCUCAGAGAAAGGCUGAUGGGGAGGAGGGGGAGGAAGCGGUGGUGGCGGUGAGAAAGGCGGAGCUGGUGCGGGUGUUAUCUGAGUUUGUGGAGAGGAGGGAGGGCAGGGCGAGGCGGGUGAACCGCAUGCUGCAGCAGGAGGUGCAGGCGGGCAGGGGACUGGAGGGGCGACUGGGGGACCUUACUAAGGGCAGGGCGAGGGGAUGGAACCGCGUGCUGCAGCUGGAGGUGCAGGCGGGCAGGGGGCUGGAGGGGCGACUUGGGAACCUUACUAAGGCUCUGGAAGUGCGCACUUUAGCGUCCGUGGCAGCAGCACAGAACGUGGCUCGCCUGCAGGCACUCAACGACUCGCUGCAGGUGAAAUGGGCGCGCUGUGUGCGUGCAUGCGCUAGCCCACUCUUCAAGGGAGAGAUGGUGAGAGUGUGGAGAGAAUGUGGUGAUGUGGGGGCAUCACUCGUAGCAGCGCAGAACGCGGAGCGCAACAGUGUGACGAGUCAGCUGUCUGCGUUGACCAAUCAGAUCACAGGGCUGACCACAUCACUGGACGUGCUGACGAAGCAGCAGGACUCUGUAUCCCAGUCCAACACGGUGUUGCGCACUCGCCUGCGCAAGGCACUGCUGGAGAAGCGCCAGCUGGCGCAAUCAUUGCGGGCGGCGCACCGCGUGCAGAGCGAGCGGGCGAGUGACGUGGAGGGGCGGCUGCGGGCGGUGGGAGCACAGCUGAGGGCGAGCGAGGGGGCAAUGGUGCAGCAGAGGAGAGAGGAGGAGGUGAACUUGCAGACGUACCUGUCCCAGCAUGCUGCUAUUAAGUCAGAGCGCAACGCAGCAGUGGUGCAGGCGAGCGACUUGGAGCGCCGAGUGGCAUCUGCGGAAGCUCAGCUGAAGGAAGUCACCCGCUCUCGUGACCACCUCUUCAUCACCAACCAUGAGUUGAACACGCGUCUGACAGCAGCAAUGAGCGAGAACAGGCUGCUGCAGCAGCGAGUCGAUCAGCUGCAGCGCACCAGCCGCCACUCUGCUGCCGCCUUCAGAGACCGCGAGAGCACGCUCAAGCAGCACCUUGCGGAGCGCCAUGCUGAGCUGGCAGCCUCCCGCCAGCAGGCAGCCGCUGAGCUGGCACGAGUGACAUCCAGCCUGGAAGCCAAAGUGAGAGCAGCGCAGGAGGAGGUGGAGGAGAGCAAGGGGGCGGUGAGGUGGCUGGAGGAGCAGGUGGAGUCGAUGCGGGAGGAGGGGCUGCUGCACACGACACGGCUGAGGGCUGCUGUGGCUGCCGCUGAGAAGCGGGCACAAGAGGAAGCCGAACGGGCCAAUGAGCUGCAAGCGUUGCUUGCAGAGAGAAAGGAGGCAUCAGACAGAGAGACGAGGCUUCUUGAAGAAAAGGUUUCCUCGCUAGAGUCCAAACUGAGCGAGACGGAAUUGAAACUGGCUGCUACAGUGAACAGUGCGAUAGCAACUGCCAGUGUAGAGGGGACAGCGUUGGGUCAAGAGGGAAGCUCAGAGGCAGGGUCGCUGGGCGAAGGGAGAACUGCAAACUUGACAGCAUUGGGUGAAGGGGGAAGUGCAGAGGUAGCGGAGAAUAAGGCAGGUGGAGGCAGAGGUGAGGAGAUGGAAGCAGGCGAGGCGAGCAAUGAAGAGGCGCUGGGAGCAGGCGAGGCGAGCAAUGAAGAGGCGCUGGGAGCAGCUCGUGGAACGCCGAACGAGGCUCUUGGCACGCCGAACGAAAAUGACUUGAAGGUGUAUGCAAGGGCCAUCUUCCCUGCGUAUGUGUCACUCGACGCGUCUAUCAUGGAGCAGAGCCGAGGCGUGACAGCCAUGGUGCAGGAUAUGGUCAAGAUGGGGGCGGACAAAUCAUGGGCCAAGCGUCAUGUGGAGGAGGAGUUAUUGAAACCCGCGCUGACACAACAAGUAGCCGUUGCUGCUGCUCGUGCGGUGAGCACUCGCACUCGGAGGAAGCAAGGAAGGCAAGCCAAGGCAACUAACAGUAACACUAACAAAUCAGCUGAUGAAGAAUUAAAUGCAGGAGACCUGGAUGGUAAGGUGGUUAUGCAGUAG